AUGGAGACGACAGAGGGUCGAGACCAAGCGGCCUCAGCCCCACGCGGCCCACGCAUUUCCAACGCCUGCGAGGCAUGCCGCGCCGCUAAGGUCAAGUGUCAGGCCAGCACCCAACUGGGCAUAUGCAAGAGAUGCCUCGGUUCCAAACGCGAGUGUAUCUUCAAGACUGGACCUCGGACCAGACGGCCUAGGCAGCCGAAGCGCCAGAACCCAACAGCAGGCUCUGCGUCCUCCUCCUCUUCUACCACCGCACCCCUUCGCUACCCACCCCCACCAGGACCGUCCCAGACCUUCACUAUCGACAUCCCCAUGCCCGCGGAUGACGACAUAACCGACUCCCUCGAGGCCCUGCGCCUGACCCACGAUAAGGCCAUCGAUAUGCUCGUGCCGCACAUCUCCGACGGCAACGAGGAUGACUAUGGCAUCGAUUACGACCAGGAGGAAAUGGACUACGACUGGCUUGACCAAGCAUCUGCAUCCGGCGCAGACGGCUCCGUGCUCUCGCAGGCCUCAUCGCUACCCGUAGGCGCGUCAGCGCUGUCCACGCCGCCUAGUAGUGCCCUUCCUCCAACGCAGCAUCGGGAGCAGGAUCCGCCGGCGGGAGGCGGGGACGGGGUGAAGGCGUCGAGAUUGAGGAUGCUAGCUAGUUUAAGACUGCAGCCGCAGUUCAAUCUCGACUCAGCAGCAAAAUUGCUCGAGACCUUCAGGAAGACCAUGCUGAGUCACUUUCACUGCGUUGUGGUAAGGGAGGAGGAUACGGUUGCGAGCAUGGCCAGGGAGAGGCCGUUUGUUUUGCUAGCAGUGCUGGCGGCUGCGAGUGGCAGUCGGACACUACAGGGUCAUAGUCUCUAUGACGAGGAGUUUAGGAAAAUUCUUGGGUUAAAGUUUGUGGCGGGGGGUGAGAGGACGUUGGAGCUGCUUCAGGGGUUGGUGAUUUACAUUGCCUGGUACCCGUUCCAUCUGCGACCAAGGAACAGACAAGCUCUUCAGUACAUACGGAUGGUUGUCGAUAUUGUCAGCGACCUUGAGCUGGACCAGGACCCUGGCACCGAUUCAAUGGAAAUCACCCCUACCCCUGAACGACUCGAGCAGAUCAGACUGUACCUCGCAAGCUACUACCUGGCCUCAGCCUUCGCCUCCACAUGGAGCAGGUCCCCGCCACUGACCUACACUGACUACACCGCCCGCUGCUGCGAUCUCAUCCAACACCACAGCCGGCUGGAAGGAGACCACGUCCUGGCCUGGCAAGUCCGCCUCGAGCGCCUCGUCGAAGAGACCAACGACCUGCGCCGCACGCAGCGCGGGCAUUCCCAGAGCGAGUACCAGAUCGGCCUCAUGAUCCGGGGCAUGGAGACGGAGCUGGCCGAAUGGGAGACUAACAUGAACCCGGAUAUUGCCUCAGUGUCGUCGAUCCGCAUCGGCGUCCUUUUUACGCGCGUCUUCCUGUCCGGCGCCCCGUUGCUGAAGCUGCCGUCGGUCAAGCUGCCCCCGCUGGAUUCGUCGUCGGCGUUUCGCGCCGAUUCGCAGAGGCUGAUGUCGGUAAUACCAGCGCUGCACGAGCUCUACGAGUACCUCCUCUCGCUCGACCCAGCCGACGUUAAUUCCUUUGUCGGCAUCGAGUGGGGCGCGCUCAUCCUGUCUGUCAUCCUCGGGUUCCGCAUGUCCUUUCCGCUUGCCGUCUGUCCUGAGUGGGAUGACCGCGCGGCGAGGGAGGCAGUCAGGUUUGGCGAGUACAUUGACAGAUUCUGCGAGAUGGGACGUUCAAAGGAUGGAGAGAGCGGCGCGGAGGUCAAGGCCAGCGUGGCGGCGGCUAACAACGACAACGUCGCACCCGCGCUGGGCGGCCAGCAGAGGAGCAUGGAUGUCCUCACCGCGAGCAAGAUUGUGCUGGACAUGGUCAAGACGAAGUUCAUGAGGCGGGUCGCCAAGCUGGAGGGUCUAGCCGCCGCUCAGCAGAGACAGCAGCAACAGCACGUAGCGGCGAUGCUGGCAGAGGCGGCGCCACACCCGCUGCCAAUGCAGUCUUCGAAUGCGCACGAUCCAGCCGUGGGCGGAUGCCCCAUGAUGGAUGGCAGUCUGGAGGCCUACUACAAGUACUGGGACGAAACUUUCAGCAACAACCUGGUUGCUGCCAGCACAUCUGCUGCUACCGGAAGGCCAGGAGGAGCAGACGACACGGGGCAAGUCGGGGUAGAGUCUGCCGGGGCUGGCCUGCCGAACGACUUGUGGACGGCCUUGACGAUGGGGUGGGCUCAGGAGGGAAUGAGCUUCAACGGCCUAUGA